AUGCUACGAAAUCAGUUGCAAGUUCGAAUACCGUCCUCACCCUUGACAAAAGUCGUCGUCGCACGACAAGUUUCGCUCAAAUCCGUCCAACGUCAUUGGCUACACACGACCCGUCCAUCCCAAAACAACCAAGAAGACGAUGGGCGGCCGAGAUUUGUCGCACGCGAAGUAGAGCGAGCAGAAGAUGAUGUGGAUGUGUGCAUUGUCGGUGCCGGUCCCGCUGGACUGAGCGCGGCAAUUCGACUCAAGCAACUUGAGCAAGAACGAAAUGCAUCUGGACAAGGAGAUGGGGAAGAGUUGAGGGUUGUCGUUUUGGAAAAGGGAAGCGAAGUCGGCGCACAUACGCUAUCAGGAGCAGUAAUUGAGCCUCGUGCGUUGAACGAAUUGUUACCGGAAUGGAAAUCUAUGGACGGACAUCCGCUCACUCAGCCAGCGACCUCGUCGAAAAUGCGCUGGUUGACGUCGUCAUCCUCUUUCCCUAUGCCUCAUCCACCUCAAAUGUCCAACAAGGGCAAUUACAUCCUCUCGCUUUCACAGUUUACCAAAUGGCUCGGGAGCGUAGCCGAGGAGAUGGGUGUCGAGAUUUACCCUGGAUUUGCUGGAGCCUCGCUUGUGUUGGAUCCAAAUUCCGGGAGUGAUGGAAAAGGCGUCGUGCGCGGUGUGCGGACGAAUGAAGUUGGCUUGGAUCGCGCAGGGAGGAUGAAGGACACGUUUGAGCCUGGGAUGCAGUUCAAUGCCAAGGUUACUCUGCUCGCAGAGGGUGCGCAUGGGAGUUUGACGAAGCAGACGGUCCGGCAUUACGACCUGCGUAACUCUAUUGGCGCGGAUGCGCAGACGUACGGUAUGGGUGUCAAAGAAGUUUGGCGUGUCAAACCCGAAAAUUAUCGUCCAGGCGAGGUCAUACAUACCAUGGGCUGGCCGCUCGAUUGGAAGACGUAUGGAGGUGGAUGGGUGUAUCACAUGGCCGAUGGACUGGUAUCCUUGGGCUUGGUGAUCGGAUUGGACUAUGCCAAUCCUUACUUAAGUCCCUAUCGCGAACUCCAGCGAAUGAAACAUCACCCGUAUUUCCGCAACUUGUUGGAAGGUGGUGAACGACUGGCGUACGGUGGACGUGUGAUCAACGAGGGUGGCGUACAGAGUGUACCAAAGCUCUUCUUCCCUGGUGGUGCGUUGAUUGGAUGCAGCGCCGGUCUCGUCAACGUGGCAAAGAUUAAGGGAACGCACAACGCGAUGAAGAGCGGCAUGUUGGCUGCCGAGACGGCCUAUCAGCAAGUUAUCAAGCUCAAGAGUGAAGACAGUGCCGAAGCAGUGGCGGAUAUGUCGCCUUACGAGACGGCAUUGAAGGAGAGUUGGGUAUGGAAGGAUCUCCAGGAGGUUCGCAAUCUCCGUCCAAGCUUCAAUACGGGACUUGGAAUCUGGGGAGGCAUGGCAUACUCUGGUAUUGACUCGCUGUUCCUGAAAGGACGCGUGCCGUGGACAUUUAGACACAAAGGCACGGAUGCCAGUCAUACGGGAAAGGCAAAGAACUUUAAACCCAUAGAAUAUCCAGCACCGCAAGCACCGUUGUCAACUGAUAUCCUGACAUCUGUCUCGCUCACUUCAACCAACCAUGCCGAAGAUCAACCCGUACACUUGCAACUACCGCACACCAGCCCAUACGGUAUCUCACCAGCCGCCGCGCAGAUCCAAAGCGGACUCGAGGAGCCGACGACAGAUGGCACCGCGGAAGCUGAGCUUGCAAACGAGGCGCGGUCGGAGCAUGUCAAGAUCAACGUCGGAGAAUAUGCUGGUUUACUUGGACGUGCAUGUCCAGCUGGCGUUUACGAGUAUGUGGAUGCGGAACAGGGAGAACCUGGAAGCUGGGACGGGAAGAAGCUGGUAAUCAAUUCACAGAAUUGUAUUCAUUGCAAGCUGUGCGAUAUCAAAGUGCCCACUCAGGACAUUACCUGGACCGUGCCAGAGGGAGGAGGAGGACCCAAGUACUCCAUCACAUAA